GUCUACGCACAGUCUCCAAAUGGCGAAGACUUCCGAGACACCUCCUCCUACCCCUCGUCCAAGGCUCCCAGCUCCAUGUUCUCCAGCUCAUUCCUCAUGCCAGACGGUCAUCACAACUCCUCAGAUCUGUGGGGCCCGUCGGGGCCGAUUGCCCAGGGUAACUAUGGAGGUGUUCAGGGCCCUCCGCCCUCUCACAUGUCCCAGUCCAACAGCUACAACACUCUGCACCCCACCGACAGAUUGAACUACACCCCCUCAGACGUCAACACUCCGCUGCCCCCAGUCACCAGCUUCCACAGGAGCAGCGGGACAGGAGCCCCCUUUGUCACAUCACCUCACACACCACCCCUCAAUGUCUCGGACACCAUCAUGGGGAGCAGAGGAAGCACAUCAGGGAGUUCACAGACCGGAGACGCUCUGGGCAAAGCCCUAGCCUCGAUCUACUCCCCUGAACACACCAGCAACACUUACGCCUCCAGCCCGUCCACUCCAGUUGCAUCUCCGCCAUCUCUGACAAGUUCCACACAAUGGUCCAGAUCUGCCGGUCAGACCUCUGCCUCGCCCGGGUAUGAGAGUUCCCUGCACUCACUGAAGCCCCCCCCUGACUGGCCGGUCAAGGAACACUUGCACGAAGCAUUGUCUGUCUUAAUGGAUGUGUGUGAGGUACAAACCCGGAUGGAGGAUCGUUUAGACAGACUGGAUGAUGCCAUUCACAUCCUGAGGAACCAUGCUGUGGGCCCCUCGGCCAGUCUGCCCCCUGGGGCCGGGGACCUGCACAGUCUCCUCUCCCCCUCCUCUCACGCCAGCCUGGUGGGGGCCCUGGGCUCAGCAUACCCCUCCCCCAGCAUAGCCCCUGUCUCCCGCACAGCCUCCAUGGUUGGGUCUCAUCGUGAUGAAGGAGCUAACCUGCCCUCUGGCCUCUCUGGGCUGCCCUCAGUCGUAUCUGCUGCCCUGGCUGCAGCCGGCCUCAGCCACCAGGCCCAGGACAUGUGCCGAGCCUUUACGUCGGGAGCUCAGAGCCUGGUGUCGGCCUUGUCCGCGGAGGCCAAAGUGGGGGAGGACAAGGAGAAGGAGAACCUGGGCUCCCAGCUCGAUGAUGACCUGUCAGAGGACGAUGAUGAUGAUGAUCGUAAAGACAAGUCCAGCCGGAGCCGGGCUAGUAACCACGAGGAUGAGGACCUGAACCCAGAGCAGAAAGCCGAGCGGGAGAAGGACCGACGAAUGGCCAACAACGCCCGGGAGCGACUGAGAGUCCGAGACAUCAACGAGGCCUUUAAGGAGCUCGGCCGCAUGUGUCAGCUCCACAUGAAGAACGACAAGCCUCAAACCAAGCUGCUCAUCCUGCACCAGGCCGUGUCCGUCAUACUGGGGCUCGAGCAACAGGUCCGAGAGAGGAACUUGAACCCCAAAGCAGCGUGUCUUAAACGCAGGGAAGGUGAGAAGGUGUCUGGCGGGGGCAUGGAGACAGCGUCUGCACAUCUAGUCUCUCACCAAGGGCUUGGGGACGGCCCCAACCCAAUGGGUCACAUAUAAACCAGGCCGGACACUCACUCUCUGACGCUCCUGCUUGGUUCAGUGGAGGACGCAGGAGUCUCUCUCCUUUGGACCCGGAUUGCAAGAAUUGCUUGCGGGGG